UUUUUUGGUGCUAAUACCUAUUUAUGCACUUUUCAUGUUUGAUAGAGUGUUGCAGUGGCCUUUGCUUUAUCUGUUUUUUUUGGCUGCAAAAAUGGGUAUUUUAGUUGGUGGUUUUAGUUCAAUUUUAACUUGGAAUUUGUUGGUGUUGCCAAAUUUUAUAUUUUUAACUCCAUCAAUGACUUGAAAAUUAUAGUUUUUUAGGUCAAUUGAAAUGUGUGAUAAAAAUGCAAAACUAAGCAACAGAGAAGCCUGAGAAUUCGUUUAUGCAAUAAGGGAUAUUAGGGUUUAUUAAACCUAGGGUGGCAAAGAUUGAUGAAGUUGGCAAAUUGACUUCAAGUCCAAUCCACCCCAAAUGAAACCAUUUACCAUUGUAGAGCUCAAAUCAUAGAGACCAGGCUAAUUUUGAAAUUGCAACCACACGAACACACUGCUGUUGGUAUUGCUGACCAAACUCUUCUUUAAUGGAGGCUAAAGUAGCUGCUAUGUGCAAUUUUAGUUAAUUCUUGUAAAAUAAUGAGAGAGAAAGAAAGGAAGUCCAGAAAAAAGAAAAAGAAAAAAACAGGGGUUCUUUUAUUGGUUUUCUAGUUCUUUUUCAUCAUUUUUCUCGGGAACCAAAAUGAGCCUUAGAAAUGAAUGGAAGGGGUAAAAUAAGACCUUUUUUUAAUUUAUAUUUGCAGUAGUAAACAUUUGUGGAUUCAGUUGUUUAGACAUCUGUAAACUUUUAAAACAGCCAGUGAAGCUAAUGUUGGAGCAAGCCUGCUUAAGGUAAUGUUUUUGUCAUUCAUUGUCUUGAUAUUUCAGUCCGGUUAACCGUUAUUUCUGUAGCCAUCAGUCCUGUCUGAUCUGGGUCUAGCUUGUCCAAAUGAGUCAUACUAAGCACAUGAUAAUUAUUGUUGUUUGGAUGAUAACUACCCCAAGUUCACAAAAAUGGAUUUUAGGCCAUAGGACUUCACAAGAUGUAGACCAAAUAUUUUAAUCUCUUAAUGGAUGAUAGUGCUUGGGAUCUUUCAUCCUAUUGUCGAGGGAUAGCAUUUUUUCUCCGGGGAGCUUCUUGUAUAAGAAUCCUGGACAAUAGGUUUAUCCUAGGUAAUAAAAAUGAUUCUUUGUUGCGGGGGGUAGGACGUUUGGAAUGAUUGCAAGGCACUCUUAAAUCCUGGCCUCCGGAAUCAUUCUGAACCUUAAAGGUCAUGAAAGUUCUUCCUCCAAAGCGAAUGGGCUAGAGUUCAUCUUAAAUCCCCAUAAAGAGACGGGUUGGUUUGGAAUGAUUGCAAGACACUCUCCAUCUUGCUUCUCCCAAAUGAUACCAACCAAUCCUCUUUUUCAGUCAACCUAAACCGUGGACCCUCUGCUGCCUCUAAUGCCAUGUAAUGGGAUAGUUUGUUUAACAAUGAGAGAGUUCAUAGGCAUAGAGGAGCGGAGACGUUGUCCAUUCCCAUAAAGCGCACAGUUUGUGCUUGUAGCAAUAAUGGUACUUGUUGUAAUUGUUGAUCAUUGCAGAAGCUAAAUAAGAUAGUGAUUAGUAGAAUGCAAUUUUGACACUAGCAUUUAAAAACAGCUGAAUUGGGACAAAAUCCCGUCAAUAUGAGCCUCUGAUGAAGUGAAGAAGUAUCUCUUCAUAUUUGUUUAUUAAUUUUUUUUUCCUUACUUUUACACAGCCCUAUCAUUUGACAACAUCAAUUUAAUGUUUCGUUAUGAAUGGAUAACAGCAAAAACUAAUGAAGUUUCCCUACGUAAAUAUAUUAUAUCUUGUCUUCAUGAAAUAUCAUGAAUAUAUAGAUAUAAGCUUGAAACAGGAAUCAAACAUAAGGUAGAAUGAAAUCAAUUUCAAUGUGAAAUCCUUACUGGAUGCCAAGCUGCACACUUUUCGAAUUAUACCUUUAUGAUCGUCCAGCUGCCUACUGAUGCAACAGGCUUAUUGAUCUGUCCAAGAUAAAAGAUUGUGAACAAUGGGGAACGAUUUGUGAUCAAAAUGGAUCCUCAGGCUUUUAUCAGGUUAUCUAUAGGUUCACUGGGUUUAAGAGUUCCUGGGACAAUUUCAAAUGCUACCAAAAACGGAAUCCAUUCAUUCUCUUCUUCAUGUUCAUGUGAGAUCCGUCUUCGAGGUUUCCCUGCGCAGAUAACUUCAGUCCCCUUAGUAACCUCUUCUACUACACCAGAAUCUCAUAGCAUUGCCUCGAGUUUUUAUCUUGAAGAAUCUGAUGUGAAAGCAAUGUUGGCACCCGGCUGCUUCUAUGCUCCUCAUGCAUGUCUGGAGAUAGUUGUUUUCACAGGGCGGAAGGGGACCCAUUGUGGUGUUGGCAUUAGGAGGCAGCAGAUUGGAACAUUUAAGUUAGAUGUAGGUCCGGAAUGGGGUGAAGGGAAGCCAGUGAUUCUUUUUAAUGGAUGGAUAGGCAUUGGCAAGAACAAGCAGGAGAGUGGAAAACCAGUAGCAGAGCUUCAUUUGAGAGUGAAACUGGACCCUGAUCCGAGAUAUGUUUUCCAGUUUGAAGACGAGACCAAAUUGAGCCCUCAGAUAGUUCAGCUUCAAGGCACCAUUAACCAGCCUAUUUUCAGUUGCAAGUUUAGUCAGGACAGGGUAUCCCAGGGAGAUCCUUUGGGUGCUUACUGGUCAAGCUCUGUAGACAGUUCUUACCAAGAGGUAGAGAAAAGAGAGAGGAAGGGAUGGAAAGUGAAGAUACAUGAUCUCUCUGGCUCUGCUGUUGCAGCAGCCUUCAUAACAACUCCGUUUGUGCCGUCAACAGGUUGUGAUUGGGUUGCCAGGUCCAACCCAGGAGCUUGGUUGAUCGUUCGCCCUGAUGCUUGCAGCUCUGAGAGCUGGCAGCCAUGGGGUAAACUAGAGGCAUGGCGUGAGCGUGGCAUAAGAGACUUCAUUUGCUGCCGUUUUCACCUCCUCUCUGAAGCCCAAGUGGGUGGGGAGCUUCUCAUGUCAGAGAUACUCCUCAAUGCUGAAAAGGGUGGGGAGUUUUUCAUAGACACUGACAGACAGUUACGGGAAGCAGCAGCGACUCCAUUACCGAGCCCACAGAGCAGUGGAGAUUUUGCAGCACUAAGUCCAGUCGUAGGAGGGUUUGUCAUGAGCUGUAGGGUGCAAGGGGAAGGGAAGAGUAGCAAGCCAUUAGUACAACUGGCUAUGCGACAUGUGACAUGCGUUGAGGAUGCUGCCAUCUUUAUGGCACUUGCAGCUGCUGUUGAUCUCAGCAUCGAGGCCUGCAGACCUUUCCGUAGGAGGACCAGGAGGGGCAACCAUUCUUGGUGAAGUAUAUGUAUAUUUGGCGGUGAGUGAUCUCCAUGAACUGAGGAACCACCUCCUCUCCCCUCCCAUUUUUUUUUUUAACCCUUCUUGAUUGUUGGAAUAACAUUUGGCAUGGUGUACAGGAACUUCCUAUUUACCUUUCUCCUUUAUAAUUCGCGCAAGUUUACUGACC